AUGCUUGUCUCGAGCGGCGACGACGGGCUCCCCUCUUCCACCGCUGCGUCCGACGAUAGUGCCGUCAUCCCCCAAGAACUCAUCGACAUCAUCGUUUCCGGUGUCAAUGACCGGCAGUCCCUCAAGGCUUGCUCCCUUGUUUCACGGCGCUUUUGCUCCCCCGCUCAAAAGCGUUUGUUCGAGUCGUUCAGACUUUCUCCCACCACCACCGCCCCCCAAUACCGCCUGGGUCUCGCUGCUUUCGACAGCCUACAAGCAGGCUCGCCGCAUAUAAGCCGCAAUGUGCGUAGGCUCACGAUCGCCUGCCCAUGGGAGGGUCACCGAUAUAAUGCACCUGACUGGAUGACCUAUGAGCCGUUCUCCCGGGUCCUCGACCGCUUCGAACAUCUCACCGAGCUCGUCCUCGAAUCUAGCGGCAGUCCUGGUGUGACUGCACUCCCCUGGUGGAAACUGUCGCCCUCGGCCAAGUCGGCGCUAACUCGAGCUUUUUCGCAGCCUACCGUAGUAUCGAUGAGCUUUCGCAGUGUUUACUUUGGGAGUCAUCGCGAGCUACGCAACGCUUUUUUACUGCCACACAAAACACAUCUCAGCAGCCUCUCGCUGUGUGCCGUCGGCUUCGGACCAAGCGAGCUCAUAGACGAACUUGAUCCAACCCCUCAAGAGCAAUCCGACAAACUACUCCUUCGAGAUUCACUUCUUCUCCAAACCGAAGAAUCCGCAUUCGUCAAAUCCCUCGGCAAACUGGUGGACGUCUGCGUCUUGCAGCACAUGGAGUUCACUAUCCAGACCAAAGACUGCGAAGAAGUAGCACAAGCAGCCUUCGUCCGUCCAGCACGAAAUUUGAAGAGCUUGACCAUCGUUCUAGAGCAUGAGUUAACGGACACCAGCGAGCUAUCGCUGAGUCAUAUGCUCCACCUGGACACACUCACAAUCAAAUUCGAACUCCUCUCCGAGCUCAAACCAGACAACUAUCGCCCUGGUCAAUGGGUGUCCCGUCUGGUCGCGCCCCCCUCGCCAAAUGCCCACUCGCCCGAUUCACUCUCGAGAUUUUCUCUCAUGAGCACACUCUCGCCGUUGGUUCCCGUAUUCCGCUCAUGGGUUGAGGGCGCAUUUACCCCGCAGCUGACCAUCCGGCUGGUGACCGAAGAUUUCUAUUUCGCCAUCGACGAGAUGGGCGCCGGCGUCGAGAACGAUGUGUUUGAACUUGUUGGGAGUUUGGGCUUGCACACGGAGGUCGAACUUGUGCAGUAUUAG